GGUCAUAAUAUAAACAGAUUGUGGUGUGACAGCUCUCCUUAACAGGCCCAUCGUGUUUGCAAAUAAAAGGAACUGAUAACAGAAUGAUGCUCAGAGUUGUGUUGGCGCUGUUGCUGCCCGCGGCAGCGUAUCAGUCGCCCCGGCCAGGAGACUGCAGCGACAUCUACAGAUCGGGCUCGGGUCUGGAUGGGGUUUACACCAUCUACCCGGCAGGCCCCACCUCUCCUGUGCAGGUUUACUGCGACAUGGGCAAAGAUGACAUUGGCGACUCGGCAGAAAAAUGGACGGUCAUUCAGAGAAGACAGGAUGGCACAGUCAACUUCUUCAUGAAGUGGGAUCACUACAAAUCUGGAUUUGGGAAUGCUGCUGGGGAAUACUGGCUAGGCCUGGAAACAAUGCACCUGCUGACUCGAGACAGAAACUACGAGCUGAGAGUGGACAUGGAGGACUUUGAGGGUCAGAAGGUGUUUGCUCAUUAUUCUGCUUUCUCUGUUGGCCCGGAGUCUGAGGGAUACAAGCUGAACCUGGGGAGUUUCAUAAAGGGGGCAGCAGGAGACUCUCUAAGCUAUCACAAUGGAAACAAAUUCACAACCACAGACAAAGAUCAAGACACCCAUGACUCAAACUGUGCCAGGAUUGCCUACGGUGCAUUCUGGUAUGGAGCGUGCUUAAGCUCCAACCCAAACGGCAUCUACACCUGGGGUCCUUCCCCCCAUGCAUCUGGUGUGCAGUGGCGGACUUUUAAAGGACUUGAAUACUCUCUCAAAACCAUGAUAAUGAAGAUCAGACCUGUGGCUGUAUAAACACAGUAAAGAGUCACAGCAAUGAUGCUACAGAUUUCAAUUCAAAAUACUUUAUUAAACCCAAAGGGGAUACCUUCCUUGUAAAGGCUGUCAAUGAUUGCCUGUUGGAC